CCGCCAACCAGGACGUGGGAGGAGCCUUUGAGCCUGGAGGAUUGGAGACUGCUUGACAUGCGGUGGUAAGAUGGCCUCGGCACAUGAUAGAGCCGUACUCCAGGCUAUAUUCAACCCCACCACCCCCUUUGGAGACAUCCCUGGCCUAAACCAAGAGGAGGAAUUAAUUGAUGAUGACAGUGGCUUUGACACAGAGUUGCUGAAGCAAGUGAAAGAGUUGGAGAUGCAGGGUGUCUCAGCAGCAGAGGCUGGGGAUUUGCAAACUGCACUUCAACUGUUCAGCCAGGCAAUCCAGAUUCUGCCUCAGCGAGCCUCAGCCUAUAACAACCGGGCACAGGCCCUGCGGCUGCAGGGGAACACAGCAGGAGCCCUAAAGGAUCUGGACCAAGCCAUCUCUCUCAGCGGCAGCAAUGGGCGAACUGCCUGCCAGGCGCUCGUGCAAAGAGGCCUUUUACAUAGAUUAGCAUGCCAGGACAGUGAAGCCAGAGCAGAUUUUGAGAAAGCAGCUGCGCUUGGAAGUGAAUUUGCUCGACAACAGGCUGUGGUACUUAAUCCUUAUGCAGCCCUGUGCAACAAAAUGCUGUCAGAGGUGAUCAACCAACUACGCAACCCUGAAGUGUCUGAGAUGCAGUAAUCGCUGUAGACAA